AUGUUUGAGUUGGAGAAGCGCUACAAGGGCACGGAGAGAGAGGCUAUCAAUUGGCAACUCCUCAAAUCAUCACGUUACCAAGUACUAGUCAUGUAUGGUUUACAAGCAGAAACAGACAAAAUUAUCAAGGCUCAGACAGAACCAGACGGUAGUAGUGGACAUUUAUCUGAUAUCUCAGAGAAAGUAUUUCAUGAGCUCACCGAAGACAUAAUCAGACAGGCAACCAUAACACAAGCCAAUCGCAAGCGUGAAGCCAAUCGAGCAAAAAACACACAUGCUCAUUCACCGCGAGCUACUCGCCCAAGACUGGACAUCCCUAUAGGAGAUCCACUCAGAGGGGGGGGACCACCAAGAGGGGGAGGUCCACCAAGGAUUGGAGGUCCACCAGGAGGGCAAGGUAGAGGUCGUCCCAUAGGACAGGCCACUAACACUCCAGCACCACGAGGACCACGACCCUGUCCACACUGUGGGAUAAACCCCUCACCACAUGCGUUCAGCAAGUACCCCAACAAAUCGGCAAACAACCGUCGAAAUACAGAAGCACGUGAAGUGCAACAGAACCAAACCGUUCAUGUUGACCAGUUAGCCAUUACCAAUGGCAAUAAGGUGCAAGAGAUGAAGGAAGAUCUAUGA